AUGAAUAAGAAAGUGUGUCAAUGGUUCAGUUCUGUACAGACAUAUUUUUCCGAUGAAUUGACAAGUGAUGGAAACUAUUAUUUUUUAUCUAAUGGUCAACAUUUCAAAGAGUAUUGUAAUAAUAAUAUUUGUAAUAAUAACCUCGAAAAAAUAAAUUCUGCAUGUUUAAAAUUGUUUAAUGCAUUCUUUGGGGAUUUGAAUUCGUUUACAAAUAAUGCAAAAAAAAACACAGAUGUUGUUUAUUACAUUAUUAUAUGGUUAAGUUAUAUGUUAAGCCUAAAAAAAGAAAACGGAAUCAAUAAAUUAAACGACUUUUAUACUGAGCAUAUAGAAAAAAAUACGCAUUAUAAUAAAAAUAUACAAAGUGUUCGUGAUUAUAAUUGUUAUAAGGAAAUCAUAGAUAAAAAAAAUGAUUUGUUGAGUAUGGAUAUAGAUAAUAAUAUUAUAUCUAAUUUUUAUAAAGCAUUUAAAUCAUUAUGUGAAAUGUAUUCUGCAUUUGAUGGAAGGACGACAAAUUGCAAAAAAUGUUCGGAAAAAUCUGAUAAAUUUGUUAAACAAUAUGAACAACUUUACAAAGAUUAUAAUAACACUGAUAACAUUCCAUAUAAAAAAAUAUUGUCUAUAUUAUCAGCUGAUUAUAAUAAUUUAAUAAAUGAAUGUAAAGGUAGUAAAGAUAGCAAUUUUACACCCCUUCCAGAGAUAAGCACACAAGAUACUAUAAAACAUACUGAACAAACUGUAAAAAGUUCUGAAGAAACUUCUGAACAAAAUUCUGCACAUAUACAUAAUUCUGAUAUUACGUCAUCAAGUUCGUUGAUAGUAAGUAAAUUAAUUCCAGUUGUAUCGGUAUUUGCUGCAAUAUCAAUUUUUUUUGGAAUUUCUUAUAAGUAUUCGUUAUUUGGAUUUCGGAAACGAUCUCAAAAACAUUUAAGAGAAAAGCUAAAAAAAUAA